CAGGGAGGAGGGGGUUCGGUCUCCGCUUUGACAGGCGCCAGCAGCCGGAGGGAAAGGAAGGGAAGGGAAGGAGGGAGGAAGGGAAGAAAGGAAAGAAGGAAGGGGCAGCCCAGGCUCAUCUGAUCCGAGUCCAGGGGGAUCCAGCCAGGCCGGGGUCCCAUGUAGCUGCCUAGUCCUGGGUCGGGUCCCUCUGGCGAUCGGGGCUCUGGGCUGCGGAGGAUGAGCGAGCGGCGCCGGUCUCCUCUGGCGCUGAGCUCCCGGGCCCACGCCUUCUCCGUCGAGGCCCUGAUCGGGGCCCACAGCAAGGCCAGCAGCCGCAGGAAGAGGAGGCAGAGCGGCAGCCGCCGCCGCUGGGACGGGAAGGGCCUCCGCCUGGCUGCCAUGGGAGCCCUCAGCCCUCAAGGGGCCCCCGAGGAAGAGGAAGAGGAAGAGGAGGAGGAAGAGGAGGAAGAAGGAGGAGGAGGAGGAACUGGAGAGAUCCCCCAAGCCCUGGAGCUCCAUGCCGAUUCAGAACAGAGCACCGGGUCCGACACUGAGGUGCUGGCUGAGAGAACAUCCUGCUCCUUUGGUUCCCACUUGGACCUCACAUCUGGCAGCUCCGUCCCUCAGCCGCCUGUUGCUUCAUCCAUGGAAGAGAUCCAGGUGGAGCUGCAGUGUGCUGAUCUCUGGAAAAGAUUCCAUGACAUUGGCACAGAAAUGAUCAUCACUAAAGCAGGCAGAAGAAUGUUUCCUGCAAUGAGAGUGAAGAUUACAGGACUGGAUCCUCACCAGCAGUAUUACAUUGCAAUGGACAUAGUGCCUGUGGAUAACAAGAGGUACAGGUAUGUGUACCACAGCUCCAAGUGGAUGGUAGCCGGCAACGCUGACUCUCCAGUGCCUCCAAGGGUUUAUAUUCACCCCGACUCACUGGCAUCUGGAGACACCUGGAUGCGGCAAGUGGUCAGUUUUGAUAAACUCAAACUGACUAACAAUGAGCUAGAUGACCAAGGCCAUAUAAUCCUGCAUUCAAUGCACAAGUAUCAACCUCGUGUCCACGUUAUCCGCAAGGACUUUAGCAGUGACCUGGCCCCCACAAAGCCAGUUCCCACUGGAGAUGGAGUGAAAACCUUCAGCUUUCCAGAGACCGUCUUCACCACAGUCACUGCUUAUCAAAAUCAACAGAUCACAAGGCUAAAAAUUGACCGGAAUCCAUUUGCAAAAGGAUUCAGGGAUUCUGGAAGAAACAGAACUGGGCUGGAGGCCAUUAUGGAAACCUAUGCAUUCUGGAGGCCCCCUGUGCGCACCCUCACCUUUGAAGAUUUCACCACCAUGCAAAAACAGCAAGGGGGCAGCACAGGAACUUCCCCAACGACUUCAAGUACAGGGACCCCCUCACCCUCUGCGUCUUCUCAUCUCCUUUCUCCAUCAUGUUCGCCACCAGCCUUUCAUUUGCCUCCCAAUUCUUUCAACGUUGGUUGUCGUGAGAGCCAAAUUUGUAACCUGAACCUCUCUGAUUACCCUCCAUGUGCAAGAAGUAACAUGGCCGCCUUGCAGAGCUACCCUGGGCUGAGUGACAGUGGAUACAAUCGGCUCCAGAGCGGUGCAGCUUCUGCCAUCCAGCCCUCUGAAAAUUUCAUGCCUCAGCGGACUCAGUCCUUGAUCUCAGGAAUGCCUACUCCUUCUUCACUGCCUAACAAUAGCAAGAUGGAGGCCUACAGUGGCCAGCUGGGGUCCUUCUCAACUUCUCAGUUCCAGUAUGUCAUGCAAGCAGGCAACUCUGCCUCCAGCUCUUCUUCUUCACCAAUGUAUAGCGGUGGCCACAUGCAGCAGAGCUCCUAUAAUGCCUUUUCCCUUCACAACCCAUACAAUUUGUAUGGAUACAAUUUCCCAGCUUCUCCAAGGCUGACAGGAAGCCCUGAGAAACUGGCCACUACCCAAAGCACUUUACUUUGCUCUUCGCCUUCCAAUGGGGCCUUUGGAGAGAGGCAAUAUCUCUCAGCAGGGAUGGAUCAUGGGAUGCAUGUGAUCAGUCCUCCCAGCAACAGCCAGCCAACAGCCAACGCCUGUGAGAAUAGACAGUAUGGGGCUGUUCCAGGACCUUCCUCACAAAUGUCUGUGCACAUGGUUUAAUUGGUGCAACUCAUUCUCUUUGUCAACAAUGAGCAAGAAUCACAUUAUUUCUAUUAUGGUGAUCUCAUCCCUGUUGCUUUUCCAUAUGAACGAGGAUGCGUAUUUGAAUGAUGUGUAUUUGAAAUCUCUAGCUGCACUCCAAAGAACCUGACAGCUGCAACUGGAAUGGAAAGGCUUGUGUAACUGAAUAGCUUCUUCUCCCAAUGGAGUCUUUUAAAAAUGGCAUAAUCUGCAAAACAACAACAGAAGUAACAAGCAAGGGCGGGUGUGGGGUGGGGAGACCUAUAUGGUUUAUGCAAUAAUUGUCUGAGCUUAAUAUGAACUUGUCACAACAGUGGAAGUCCAGGGUGCCUGCUGUUUCUUCCACGUUUCCCAGAUUCAACCAAUAGUCCCUGGUGACCUCAUCUGAUAAUGUUGCACUGCCUUUAAGAGGCCAUAACUGUUGUAGCUUCAUCUUCUCUUUUCUUGCCAUCUAUCAAUCCACAACCUUCUCUCACCCACUGUCGCAAAAGAACAUUGUAUAUGAACUAGAAAUCCUCUUCCUUGUGAGAUUUCUGCCUUUGCCACCUUUGGAGUUUGUUGUGCUUUCCAUAGAAAAAUAAAUUUUCCUUACAGAAGCAUGUCAGGCUGAAAGGUGGUGAGAAGGAGAGAAGCCAUUAAGGUUAAAAAAGCUUUCUGUAAUUUUGCAAGGAAUUUGAUAAUAUGCUUAAUAGGAGAAGGAGGCAAGAUCUCUGAUAUAUGGUAUCCCAUUUUGAAAAUGCUGUGAAAAGAGAAAUAGUUUUUAUUUGUGCAUUCAGUGCCUAUGUAACAUUAGAAAAGAAAUGGCAAGCCAAGUGGCAAAACAUUUACCACUCAUAGAAACCAGUGGUAAGAAAAGAAAUUUUCCAGACUGAGUUAAUAUUGAAUGGUGGCCACAAAUAUGCUCUGAGAAUACACUUUUUUAAUCCAAUUGCCUUGCAAAUACUACAGAAAAAUGUUAGCCCAUUAAUGUCAAUGAUAAUCAUUACCCUUGUCCAGUCUGCCAGUUUGGCCAAGAAGUAUUACCUUCUAAAAAUAUUGUUCUCUUGUUUUUUCCAACUCUGAGAAGUAAGCAAACAAAUAAUGUUCAAGCUAAGAAGUUUAAAAAUGUGUGAAAAUCCAAAUACCUAAUGACACAAUACAGAAACUACAGAAUAGCGAUUUGUUUUGGUGUGUUGUAGAUAAAUGUAUUUAUGUCUCUAGAGCGUGGGGGAGGGAGGGAAUUCAACAUUAUGAAUAUUAAAGAGGGUUACAUGGGCAUGUAAAAUAUAUAUUAAGAAAGAAAAUGUAUAAAGCUUUGCCCUGUGCAGGGAACUCUUGUUUCUAGGUGAAAAGAACAGAACUGGUGCAAAAUAAACCUUUGUUCCUUU